UCCAACAUGGUAUCAGAGCCGCGAUCCUACGCCGCCGUCUCUACCGUCGCCGGCGUGAAGCAGGAGACGCUGGCUACCACUCCGAUCGCACAAUCUCUAUUCCUGCGAUUCCUUUCUCGUAUUGUUCCAGAGUCAGUUCCGCAGAGGAACUCGAUCAAUCGUUCAGUUCCGCAGAGGAACUCGAUCAAUCGUGCUCACAGGAGCCUCAACUUAGAUGAUCUAGGCAUCUCUGAGCAGUUGAAUAAGCUGAUGUCUCUCCUUCAAUCCCAGGCGAUUGAGAGAAUUAUUGUUACGCAGUGUAACAACAAUGCCGACGCGCCAGUCCGAUCAACAUCACCAAGGAUUCCGCAGAGGAAUCUGGGUUCGGAGCAGCGGACUUCCGUAGCCGAUCCGCAGCGGAAGGCGAUCCAGGGAGCUUGUCCGUCGUUUCCAGUCAUUCAAUCACCAGUUCAGGCGAUCUCCACAGUCGUUCCGCAGCGGAAGGAAGGAAGUCUUAGCCAAAAACAAAUUGAACAAUCCUCCGAUUCAGCCACAGUGGUUGAGUCUUUCGAUCCGAAAUUUGUUCGGAGAGAAACGAAGAAGAGCACCGCCGGUGAGGAGAUGGCGCCGGGAGUGGAGCCGCAGAAGAUGUGGCGGGAGAUAACAGCUCGGAAUUUGUUGAAAGUUUUAAACAAUUUUAAGUUUGUUUUGAACGAGCAUUCAAUUCGUGACUUGAUUGUGGCUGCCGAUGCUAAUGCAUCUAAAUUGAUCCGAAACAUUGCUGCAGAGUGCGGUGUCGCUCUUUAUGAGGAGUCUAAACAAGUUUCCUAUGAUGUUAUUAGGGAUGAGAAUGGAAACGUUAAAUUUGAUUGCUCAGCUAUUGGUAAGCAGUUUGCUGCUGAAAAUAUAUCUGCUCAGGUCGUGAGAAAGCUUGUGGAUGAUGCAUCCAAGUUUUUGAAUGACAAAGUUUCCAAAGCCGUAGUCACAGUUCCUGCAUUUCCUUUCGUUGCACAAUUUUCUUCCAUGAUGGCAUCAAAUAUGGCAAUGUUUGAACGGGCUUGUGAUUUCUUCUUUCGCCAUGCUGCACAACUUUCAGGGAUUCCGUUGAGAAUGGUGGAGAGGGGCAGGAGGCAGUUUCCAUUGACUAAAGCCAGUAAUAAGGUUGAAGAGAUGCUGUCUGGGUUGCUUAAGCAAAAAGUUGAUGGGUUUUUCAUGCUGAUAGAGAUUGUAAAUUGGAUGGUUGAUGAUCCUCCUCAAGGGGGAAAUGAAUAUGCAAAUGAGGUCAUUAUUUUCAUGGAAACUCUUGUCUCUACUGCUCCGCAGAUAUUGCAGGUUUCAAUUCUCAAAAGAGUUAUGCAAGAUGUUGGUGGAAACGUAAUGGAACAAAAGAGUCUAUAGCCAAGCUAGUCUCUGACUUGAACAGUUCAAAGCUGGAGCCUGAUGUUGAUGUGGUGGUGGCACCUCCUUUUCUGUAUAUUGAUCAAGUAAAGAACAAUUUAACUAAUCGGGUUGAGAUUUCUGCUCAGAAUUGUUGGAUUGGAAAGAAUGGAGCUUUUACUGGAGAAAUCAGUGUGGAGCAGUUAAAUGAUAUUGGAUGCAAGUGGGUCAUUCUUGGUCAUUAUGAGAGGAGACAUAUAAUUGGAGUUAUAGCCUGCAUCGGGGAACUUUUACAAGAAAGAGAGGCAGGAAAAACUUUCGAUGUCUGUUUCCAACAAUUAAAGGCUUUUGCAGAUGCUUUACAAGAUGAUUCAGAAAGGUCCACCAUCCUUGGUGAACUCAAUGAGUAGCCUAUGUUUGCAGUCCUCACUACCUUUUGUGUUUAAGUUGGGCAUGUAGAAUCUACACGCUCCAACUUACGGGGGGGUGUUGGAGGAUGACAGUUCAAGCCAGCAUGCAGCCACCAGUAGAGCAGUUAGGGGUGUUCUUGUAUUUCCAUCUGUUAGUUGGUUGUAACCAACUUGAUAUCAUCUUCUCAAUUUUAUCCAUUAUAUAUAACAUUUCUCUGCUUCGUUAUCUGUACAUUUCAAGACAUUAUUUUCCAAAUAAACAAGUUUGAUUCUUCA